GCGGAAGCUUCCAAAUAAAGGCGGAAAUGGUAAAUUUAUUUCGGAAGUUACCCGGAUAUUGACUAGUUUCUCAUCAGGAACAGGUUACUCGGUUAUAUUUAAAGAGUGAUUUUUUUGUUGCAUCAACUAAAUGAGUCCUAGACGUUAUUGAAGUAAUUAAACUUUCCACUCAGCUCCGCCAUGAGCGUCACUUUGGACAUAAAACUGAAGAGAGCGAACAAAGUGUAUCGUGAAGGGGAGACCGUGGGAGGUGUCAUCGUGCUGACAUGUAAAGAGGCGAUGCAGCAUCACGGCAUCUCGCUGAGCAUGGAGGGAAUCGUAAACCUCCAGUUGAGCUCCAAGAGUGUCGGUGUCUUUGAGGCUUUCUACAAUUCUGUCAAGCCGAUCCAGCUGAUCAGCAGUAACAUCGAGGUGGCCAAGGCAGGAAAAAUCCCAGGAGGAAAGACGGAGAUCCCGUUCGAGUUCCCUCUGCACAUGAAAGGGAACAAAGUGCUUUACGAGACGUAUCACGGAGUCUUCGUCAACAUUCAGUACACCCUCCGCUGUGACCUAAAGCGCUCCCUGUUGGCUAAAGACUUGAGCAGGAGCUGCGAGUUUAUCGUUCACUCUCAGCCAUGUAAAGCUAAAAUAGUUGCUGCCCCGGUUAACUUCAGCAUCACUCCGGACACCUUGCAGAACAUCCGCGAGAGGAGCUCUCUACCAAAAUUUCUGAUCAGAGGCCAUUUAGACGCCACAAGCUGUGUGAUCAGUCAGCCGCUGACGGGAGAGUUGGUGGUGGAGAAAUCAGAUGUCCCCAUCAAGAGCAUUGAGCUGCAGCUGGUUAGAGUGGAGACAUGUGGUUGUGCUGAAGGGUACGCCCGAGAUGCUACAGAGAUCCAGAACAUCCAGAUCGCUGAAGGAGACGUGUGCCAUGGCCUCUCCAUUCCCAUCUACAUGGUCUUCCCUCGACUCUUCACCUGCCCCACACUGGAAACCACCAACUUCAAAGUUGAGUUUGAAAUCAACAUAGUCAUCGUCCUCCAUGAUGAUCAUCUGAUCACGGAGAACUUUCCUCUCAAGCUGUGUCGACUCUGAAAGACUUUUCACACACGACUUAAAAGUGAGAUAAAUCUGACUUGGGACCAGCCUCAGCAUCACCUCCACCACCUGGCUCAAGUCUAACGAGUCCUUGAGGAACUGUUGGGAGCGAAAACAUUUGUAAAGACUGUAUAAAUGAAAUAAAGCCCGACAAGUCUGAA